ACUCACCUCCCUCCAUCCGGGCAGCAAGGUGCCCAGGAGAGGAGCUGGGGAGCCCAGGGACGGGAUGGCCCCACGGAGAGCUGUCCAGCUGUCCCUGAAGAAGCCCACCUAUGCCGUGUGCGUGGUGGGAGUGGAGACAUACGUGGAUGUCCACAGCAAUGUGCCCAAGGGUGCUAAGACCUUUGGGGUCUCUGGGAGCCCUGGCGUGGAGGUCUUCAUGGCUUAUAAGCCGUCCCGGGUGACAGAACCCAGGGGCAAGGCUCACUGGCCCCUGGACGCCGAUGUGGAUGUGAUCGUAUCUGUAGACGCCGCCAGCAAGGACAUGAACGACCUCAAGGUGAAGGUCUCCUACUUCGGACAGCAGGAAGACGGCGUCCUGGGCCAGAGCCUGCUCUACCUCACGGGUGUCGACGUGUCCCUGGAUGUCGACACCAGUCGCACAGGCGUGGUGAAGAGGAGCCAAGCUGACAAGAAAGCCUGGCUCUGGGGCCCCAAGGGCUCUGGGGCUGUCCUGCUGGUGAACUGUGACCGAGACAACCCCAGGUUCAAGGAGGUGGACCUUGCCAGCAGCCAGCUGAGCUCAGUGGACGACCUGCAGGACAUGUCUGCCAUGGUGCUGACCUGUGCCGGCCCCGACAAGGUCUUUGACAGUCACAGACUGGUUUUGAACGUGCCGUUUUCUGACUCUGAAAGAGUGGGGGUCUUCUGUGCUCGGGGUGGGACGUCCCUCUCAGACUACAGGCAGGUGCUGGGGCCCCACCACCUGUCUUAUGAGGUCGAGCGACAGCCAGGGGAGUGGAAGAUUGACUUCCACGUGGAGGGGCUCACCUUCCCUGAUGCAGACUUCUCGGGGCUGGUGACUCUGAGCAUCAGCCUUGUGGACACAGGGACCCGGCCCGAGGUGCCUCUUUUUACAGACACUGUGGCCUUCCGCAUGGCCCCCUGGAUCAUGACCCCUAACACCCGCCCCCCGCUGGAGCUGUUCGUGUGCAGUGUCAUAGACUCUCAGGGCCCAAAUGAACAAUUUCUGAAUGACAUGUCUGAUCUGGCACUGAGAGCCAACUGCAAGCUGGUUGUCUGCCCUUGGAUCGAGAACCGCAAUGACCGCUGGAUUCAGGAUGAGAUGGAGUUUGGCUACAUCGAGGCCCCUCAUAAAUCCUUCCCUGUGGUCUUCGACUCUCCCAGAAACAGGGGUCUGAAAGACUUUGCCUACAAGAGGAUCCUGGGUCCUGACUUUGGAUACGUAACCCGGGAGAUUUCUUUUGCUGGCCCGUCUGGCCUCGACUCCUUCGGCAAUCUGGACGUCAGCCCGCCCGUUACGGUGGGAGGCAAGGAGUACCCCCUGGGCCGGAUCCUUGUUGGCAGCAGCUUACCCAGGUCUGCCGGCCGGCGCAUGGCCAGGGUGGUGCGUGACUUCCUGCAGGCCCAGCAGGUGCAGGCCCCCGUGGAGCUCUACUCGGACUGGCUCUCCGUGGGUCACGUGGACGAGUUCUUGAGCUUCGUGCCCACCUCUGACCAGAAGGGCUUCCGGCUGCUCCUGGCCAGUCCCAGCGCCUGCCUCAAACUGUUCCAGGAGAAGAAAGAAGAAGGCCACGGGGAGGCGGCCCAGUUUGACGGGCUGAGGCACAAAGUGAAGAGAAGCAUCAACGACAUGCUUGGGGACAGACAUCUCAAGAGUGACAGUAACUAUGCACAGAAAUGCAUCGACUGGAACCGGGAGGUACUGAAGCGGGAGCUGGGGCUGACGGAGCGAGACAUCGUGGACAUCCCCCAGCUCUUCUCCCUGAAGGACGGGCAUGCGGAAGCCUUCUUCCCUGACAUGGUCAACAUGGUGGUCUUGGGCAAGUACCUCGGCAUCCCCAAGCCCUUCGGGCCCGUCAUCAAUGGCCGCUGUUGCCUGGAGGAGAAGGUGCGCUCCCUGCUGGAGCCGCUGGGCCUCCACUGCAUCUUCAUCGACGACUAUAUGUUCUACCACCAGCUGCUCGGGGAGAUUCACUGUGGCACCAACGUGCGCAGGAAGCCCUUUCCCUUCAAGUGGUGGAACAUGGUGCCCUGAGAAACACCCUCUGUGCCCAGCCUCUCUGGCCACCUGGCAGGGAGCUCCUCCAGGAGGGGGUUGGGGGGGAGAGAAGUUGCCGUCAAGUUUCCAUCCUCUUGGGGGAGCCUGAGGCACUGCCCCCACCCCAAGUGCCUGGACAGCAGCAGGACUGUGGGCAUUGGGACAGACAGACAGCACACACCUGCACCCCACACCCGAGAGACUGCUCUUGUCUUUCCUUCUCCAGUUCCUGGUCCACGGCGCCCGCCCAGAGUUUCUGGAAGAGAUCAGCGGCCUAGCAAGUUCAAGGGUGGCAGGGGGUGUCCUCUUUGGAUUCUGGCUCCCCCCCCCUUCUGAAACUCCUUUGGCACCAGCUCUGGAGGGGGCUGAGGCCAGGGCUCCAGGCUGUGCUCCUGAAACACCAGGAAGUGGGGUGGGUGGCUGGGUGGGUGGGGCUUCUCCAGCAGGGGAUCCCCUGAGGGCUGUGACCUUGGUCGUACUGACAUAAACAAACAAGGCCAGGAAAACUCCUGAGGGCUAGUUCUAAAACAGAAACGGCAACAAAACCCCUCUAAUACCUGACUCUGUUCCAGAAGGAGCCUUGUUACUGCUUGGAAAGCCUUUAAUUAGGAGCAUUGGCUGCUUCCUGUUUAAAAAAAAAAUAGCUGAGAGGCCAAACCAGGCCUGAGAGGACACGCUGAAGAGGCCAAGCCAGUGCAGGGGAGCCUGGGGUCUGGCUCUGGCUUCCUGGGGUUUCUGUCUUGUGAUUCCAGACUCCACACUGGGGUGGGGGUGAGGGGUCGCUGAUGCAGAUGAAGUAGGGGUGGGGGCCCAGAUGGUAGAGGAGGGUGGGGCGGGCACUGGGUUAUCUCUGCAGGUGGGGUCUAAUUCCCUUUAAUAGUCUUUAAUUACUCCCCUUGGUGCUGCCAGCAGUGGGAGGGGAAGGCUCUCCGGUCUGGUCUCCCUCAGCCGGGAGACCCUGCAGGUAGCUUGGGUUUCACCAUGAGUAAGCCCCUGAGGCCGUCCUGACCUACGUGUGUCACCUCCCUCCUGUGGAAGGGAAGGCGAGGCUGAGAGGCGCAUGGCAAGGCAGGCCUGGUGGGAGCAAGGCCAGAGAGGGUCCCUGCCCCAGACAGGUGGGAGCAGAAGGAGGUCAUCCCGUCCCCCUCCCACAGGGCCUGUGGAGCUGCCUCAGGGGCUCUGGGACCUGGGCCUCCACCUUCUGGGCAUUCAGUGCCCCUGAGGGAGACCCAGCCCCAGCUCCUAUUAAACCCUUUUCACUAUAGCAAACUUGAGGGUCAGAGCUUGCACAGAGCCCAACACAGGGCAGGAAGGGAAUGAGACCACUUCUGUUGAAGGUGGCAGGCAGAGUGCCUGAAUGCCCUUCUUCCAGAAGGUUCCAGGAGGGAAUCCCAAGUGCGCUUUCUGCUUCUAAUCACGAUGAAGCUGUGACUGAGCCAAGAGGAGAAGGAAGCUCUUCAGAGGCCAACCCCCACCCCCCAGAGUGUGUGGUGGGAGGGGAAGGGGGCAUUGCGGAGAGGGGGAAGAGGCUGGGGGUGGGCA